CAUUUGAAACGGAGCAGGUAUCGAGGUACUUGGCACUGCACCUUUGACGGUAGAAUAUCUAGGUAUCUCUACUUGAUACAGGCCCCCCUGCCGCACCUGCUUAACGUGUAAGUCGUAAGUAGGUAAACUUUAGCAUUGAUAAUAUACCUUCCACUUCUACUCAUACAAUACCUCUUUCAAGUACCUUUUAUAGACCGCCAACAGAUUUCACUAUUGUGAGCGAGGCCGCUGGUCUCUUACCGUUCUUCAAUAUGAACGGGAAUGCAGCAGAGACGCUGUCCUUGGACGCAGCUGACUACGAUCCCAUACAACACCUCAACCUGCUCUUCGCCCAUCCCUCGACCGUCUCUUCCAUUCGCUCCGUGUCCUCGAAGCUACAGUCCGAGCAACAUGCUCUCGACACCCAGAUCGCUGCUCGCCAGAUGGCACAGGCCUACGGGCCCGACUCGUCACUCGAGCGCAUGCAGUCCGCCCAGGCAGAGCUAGGAGAGCUGUUCCGCAAGAUCGAGACAGUUCGCGCCCGCGCAAUCCAGACCGAGCAGAACAUCACCUCCAUGACCGCCGACAUCAAGCGCCUUGAUGGCACCAAGAAGAACCUCACACUAUCUAUGACCGCCCUCAAGCGGCUGCAGAUGUUGACCACGGCCUACGAACAGCUUCGCGGCCUAGCCAAGACACGUCAAUAUCGCGAGUGCGCCUCGCUCCUACAGGCCGUCAUACAGCUCAUGCGCCACUUCAACAGCUAUCGUAGCAUUGACCAGAUUGCUACCCUCAGCCGUGGCGUGGGUGAGGUCCAGCGCGAGCUGCUGGAGCAAGUCUGCGAGGACUUCGAGAUAGCAUUUGCUAAGGGCGAGGUCGUGGGGAGGAAAGCUACCCUGGUUGAGGCAUGCGGUGUCAUGGACGCCUUGGGCGAUACUGCACGGGCACGACUUAUCACCUGGUAUGUGAACACGGAACUACGUGAAUACCGUCAGGUCUUCAGAGGCAACGAUGAAGCAGGUAGCCUUGACAAUAUCGGACGACGGUAUGCGUGGUUCAAGCGGAUGAUGAAGGGAUAUGAAGAGGAGCACGCUUCAAUCUUUCCCCCUCACUGGCGGGUCGGCGAGACACUUGCCAUGGCAUUUUGCGAUGGUACAAGGGACGAUUACAAGGGCAUAUUAGAGAAGAGCAUGCGCAAGGUUGACGGUGCCAAGAUCGAUGUGAAUCUGCUUCUCAGCUGCCUUCAGGAGACAAUGGACUUCGAGCAGAGUAUAGAAAGGAGGUUUUCAAGCGAGCCGAGGGCGAGCAUCGACACGCUAAGCUCGGCAGACGAGAGGACGCAAAAUUUUAACGGGUCUAUAUCUGUGGCCUUUGAGCCGUACUUGAGUUUAUGGGUUGAAUCCCAAGACAAGGCUCUGGCAGCCAUGAUCCCCAAGUACAAAGCUCAACCAUUACUACCUCCCGAUGAGGAGUUCUCACCGCAGGCCGUCAUCAGCUCUGCUAUCGAACUGUUUCACUUUUAUAAACUUACGCUAUCACAGUGUGCCAAGUUAUCCACGAGCGAGCGGUUACUGGAUCUCGCAAAAACGUUGGCCAAGUACUUGGACGAGUACGCCCAGCAAGUAUUGCUUGCGGUCUUGCAACGACCAGCUCAGACAGCUGCAUCUAUACAAGACAUCAUUCUUGUCAUGAACACGGCAGACUUUUGGCAUACCAAUACGGGGCAGCUCGAGGAAAACAUCAAGAAACGGAUCGAUAGCGAGCUCGUGUCUAAAGUCGAUCUCACAUCUCAAGCCGACGCGUUCCUUGGUGUCGCAAGCACAGCCGUUCUAGCACUAGUUAACAAAGUAGAAGCAGAUUGCGAGGGGGCAUGGCGUGAGAUGAAGAACACGAAUUGGAGCAAGAUGGAGAGUGUGGGAGACCAAAGCUCCUAUGUCAGCGAGCUCGUUUCUCAUGUAAAUGCCAAGGCCGAGGAAAUACUAUCCAUUGUCACGAAGCCUCAGUAUGCGCGAGCAUUCGCCGAUAACCUGGUCGAGCAUAUCGCCAACACAUACAUUGCCAACAUCGUUCAGUGCCGGCCAGUUUCCGAAGUUGGUGCAGAACAGAUGCUCCUCGACAAAUACGUACUCACCAAAGCCUUUGAGAACCUCCUAUCCUACCACAACGCCUCCUCAUCCUCUACAUCUCAAAAUCCUCCCGCCAGCUUCGUCAAGCGCGUCAACAACACCAUGACGCGCAUCGACCCCCUUCUCAAAACCCUGCAAGUCCGCCCCUCGCCUCCUGAAGGCCUCGUGCAGGCGUACUUGAUCCACAUCGGCGACCGCUCCGACACCAAUUUCAAGAAGAUCCUCGAGCUCAAGGGCGUGCGCAAGGUCGAUCAACCGCAUCUCGUAGAAUUAUUCGGCAUCCACCGCGACGCGACGCCCUCGACGGGCGGGAAUAAGCUCGUCGCGCAGAGCCCACUGCUCACUCCUCUUCUGACGACCUCCGGCCUCGGAUCAUCCAGUCUUGUCGGCGGCGCCACUGCUGCUGCUGCCGCUGCCGCCGCCGCGGCGCCGACAGCGCGAUUUGAUCCUACGAGUCUAGGGGAGAAAUUACUCUCUGCUGCCGUGGAACGCAUGGGCACGCCGCAGGCGGGCGGAUCAGCGGGUGCCACGGGUCUAGGAAUAGGAGUGGGACAGAAUAACGCAGCGAGUAUUAAUGAGAAUCUGAAGAAUUUCGGAAAGUUCUUCAGACGGGAUAUAGCGAUCGCUGGCCUCGGCGCGAGGUUCGGGAAGAGGGAUGUCAGUGGUAGUGGGGGAAAUGAUUAGACCAUUGCAUAACUACUUACUUGCAAAGUAGGUAUGAAGAGAAUAAUGAGAGUGAGUUUCAGUUCGAUUUCUUUUCCGCUGUACUGAUAGGGAAUCAAGCGCGGAUUCUAGAGGCGAAGCGCCCGUUUUAUAUCUUUCUAUUGUGAUAACUUAUACGGCUUGAUUGAUUUGAUAGAGACAAAAAAUGGUUUACUUUAUAUACGAUACGGGUUUAUAUUGGAUACACGGCUAGGGCACUUGCUCCGAUUUUGCAAGCGAAGACCAUCUCUUCAUUCGGAUCCCUUUCUUUUUUUCAGGCCUCGGCAUAAUGCGGUACAGACAGUCUCCUGCAAAGGGGUGUCAUCCUGGUUUCUUGUCCUCGCGACUCAUACAGCUCAGUUCAGCUCAAGGUCAUCCUGCAUCUUAGUAUCUCGUGCCCUUUACAUCAGCGAGCGAGCGCGUUACACUUUUCCAACCCGGAGCAUCCGUGAUAGCCAGCCCUCGUGAUUUCCUCCCCCGCAAGAAAAAACGAUAUCAACCUGAGAAAUGCGUAUUUCAUCG